CGGAAUGACUGCCUCUAAUUAGGCCGUUCAAGGUCGUUGAAACAAAACGGCGGACAGAUUCGAAGGAGCCUACCUUGCCAUUUCUCCGUGCCUGUAUUUAUGACCUCACUCUAUUUUUAGCACAAUGGAGGAUAGUAUGAGUCGUUUGCUUAUGCAAUCAACUUUAAUGGGGACUAUCGUUACAACAAUCGGUAAUCAUUUGUCGAAACUACAAUCCAACUCACGUUUGCUUGAAAAGUUGCUUUGUUUUCUGUUCAAAAAUAAUAAUUUGGAAAGUGCUCAAAAUGUAUCGGUCACGGAAUUAUUAAACCAAAAGUUCGCUGUUGAUUCAGUUCAAAGUAUUGGUGAAUUGUAUGUCUCACAAAAAAGCAGUGACCUAGCAAAAUGGCUAGGGUUAACUGUCAUCCGUAGUCUUGAACAGCUUGAAUCCACAAAACGUGAAUCGGUGUGUUACAAGAGGACUUGCACUACUGUUCCACUUGAUAAGCAACUGUCUCAUAUAAGAAGUUUUCUUGAAAUCAGCAGGAAAAGAAAACAUCUGUUUAAUCUUUCUUCUGAGCUUCAAAACUUGAAACGCAUUCAACUACAAAAAUGUAGUGUGUCAAGAGAUUUUUUAAAUGCUGAACUUCAAUUAUUAACGCUACAGACAAAGGUCCACUACAUGAAGCAUCGUAUCGGGAAGUUAAAGUUGGACGUAGAAUGUAGCAAAACAAACCUUUUUGAAUAUGAAUCACUAGGCACAGAAAUGGUGAAUAUUGAAAGUCUUUUGAGAAAGAAACGGGAAACGAUUCGCCGUUUGCAUGAAGAAAAUGAAAAGCUGUUAGAUAACCUCCCUUUAUUAUGUCGUGAGACGAAACAAAUUAAGCAACAACUAUCGGGUCAGAUAAUUGAUACACAUAAAGUGGCGCACGAACUAACAAGCAACAAUCUACUGCAGGAUUUUAAUGAAAGGAUUCAAGAUAUUUCAUUCGACAGAAGAACAUUUACCAGUGGGAAUACUUACGUCGACACUCUACAUGCUGACAGCCUAUACAUAAAUUGCUGUAAUUUAUAUUCUCUUGAUCCUAAUCUUAAGAUUCCAGAUGUCCUGCUGAAAUGUAUUCUAACACAAAUCAAAGAAAGCUGGCUAGCUGAGAAUAGUUUAAAAUUGUUACACUAUCUUUUGGUGAAUUUAAACAAAGAAAUUCUCAUUAGUGAAAAACUGCAAAGAUGAUUUUUUCUGUAUGUAAAUAUAGUAAUUUUCAUUCCAGGAUUAUUUUUUACAAAAUUUCAAAAAGUCGCAAUGCUUCAUGGGGUCACAAUUCUUACUGAGAUUUUAAAUCUUUAUCAAUUGCAAAUAACCGUGCUUACUUCACACUUUUGCUCCAGUAGUUUUGGUCAAUAUGAAGUAAUAAAGUAUUCAAGUGUUUAUUGAUACUGAGUAAUAUUCAGUCGAAAUUAUCAAUAACUGACCUAUUUUUUUAAAUCAAUCAUUUGAACAAAAAUUUACAACUUUUUUUCAGACUACGACGUGACGUUUAAGGCUAAAGAGCUAAAACAUUUACUUCCUUGUGUUACAAAUUUGAAAGAAUUAUCGAAAGAAAUAAAACAGCGCAUGUCAGUAUGCAAUGAAUUACUGUUCGACUGGAGAGAAAUACCGAUUCGUCGAAUGUUGCUAUAAACAAGUUCCCUAUUGCACAGUUUUGUUGAUAGAAUGUGAUUGUAACGUAUGAACAUUUUUCGAUGUAAAUAUAAUGUUGUUUUCUGUGUUACCUUUAGUGACGAUAUACAGCACACAUCAUUAAUACCUAAAUAUUUAGAUGAACUCGUUGUCAUAGUUCCAGACAAAAGCCUGAAAAAGUAUUUUCACAAAUUAUUUUUUUGCACGCAAAAUUCUAUUGAAUCACGAGUCUCCGACUUCUGAAGCAAAAACCAUUUUGCGAAACUAUGUCAUUUUCCAAUAUCCUUACAUGAAUCAACACUUCUGGGACUCCCAAUUAUCUUGUUCCGUGUUCGUGCUCAUAAAAUCACCUCGGACAGAUUGAAGGCGCGAAAGAAUUCACAAGUUCUCUGUUUUGAUUACUUAUCGACUCAGGCCUUCUACUCCUUAGCUUGUUACUUCACAUCUGGAUCAGAUCCUCCUUGAUUACUAAUGAUGCUACCCAGAUACAUGAAGACUUGCACCUAUUUCACAACUUCCCCAUCAAGUGUGAUUUGGUUGGUGCUGUCUACCUUCUGAAUUUCGCUUUUCGUUUGUAAACACUGCCGCGUAAUUCUGCUGAAACCACUGCUAUAGUGGCUGUAUUCGUGUGCAUUAGUUGUUG